AUGAAGAAGAUUUUCAGCCUCUGGAGGAGGAAAGAAGAAUCGCGCAGUUGCUCCUCAGAUCUGCGGACAGGCCGUACCAUUGCCGGUUCUCCCUCCCAGCUGGGCUACAACCUUCGAGAUAAGGAUUUAAAGAAACUUCACAGAGCUGCCUCAGUGGGGGAUUUGGAGAAGGUGAAGGAGUGCCUUCAGUUCAAAAAACAUGACGUGAACGUGCGCGACAAAGAGUUCAGAACACCUCUGCACCUGGCCUGUGCUAAUGGAUUUCCAAAUAUUGUGUCUCUCUUAAUUGAGAAACAGUGCAAAAUAAAUGUUCUGGAUAGUGAAAACAGAUCCCCGCUGAUUAAGGCAGUACAGUGUCAGAAAGAGAGUUGUGCUACUGUUCUUCUAGAUCAUGAUGCAGACCCAAAUCUGGUGGAUUUUGAUUGCAAUACUGCUCUUCAUUAUGCUGUCUGUGGUCAGAGUGUUUCAUUAGUAGAGAAACUACUUGAACACAAAGCUAAUCUUGAAGCUCAGAAUAAGGAUGGGUAUACCCCACUUUUACUUGCCAUAACUGAAAAUAAUGAGAAAAUGGUAGAAUUUCUUCUGAAGAGAGGAGCAGAUGUGAAUGCUUCAGAUAAGUCCCAAAGAACAGCUCUUAUGAUUGCUCUCAGUGAUGAACCAACAAGUUUAGUCAGUCUUCUUCUUCAACAAAAUGUAGACCUAUCUUGCCAAGAUAUUUAUGGAUUCACAGCUGAGGAAUAUGAUUCUUUUAAUGGUUUUACUGUAUAUCAUCAAUUAAUUGCUAAUCAUGGAAAGGAGAAGAAAGGUAAACAGACUUCUUACUCUGAAAAUCCAACUCUGGGCACUACUUUUGGUCCAGAAGAACUGAAGAAAGUUACCCUGUGGGCUAGUAGUGGUCCUGUUCCAGCUUCAUCACAGAACUCUUUCAAAGUUGUGUCCUUUGUUUAUCUCACUGAAACUGCAGCCUCCACUGGCAACCAGCAGUCUCCUGGAUGCCAGUGUUGCAUUGCUGCCUUCCAGAAACCCAUGGACCACGCCUUUACCUGCACUUACUGA